UCACAAUUCUCCCAUGGCAGACAAGAAAACGAAUUCCGCUCCUGGUGGCGACACAGGAUUCCGUCGCACAUGGGACCGCGACGAAUGGGCGUCGAAAGCCAAAGAGCGUGAAACCAAAGAACGCGCCGAAGGCAAACUGCGCGCUGAAGCCAAAGCCCAAGGCAAGAAGUAUUAUGCGCCAGCCGCCGACGAUGCGGAGAUGAUCAGCGCGCGCCGCGGUCGCAUCAACUUCGAGGAGAAUCUCAAUAAAGUACAGCUUGUGCCUGGCGGUGCGGCGGUGGGGAAGAAGGGACGCAGCGCGGGUUUUUACUGUGAAGUCUGCGACCUUACCUAUAAGGACUCGUUGCAAUGGGUGGACCAUUUGAACUCCAAGCAGCAUUUGGUCGCUACGGGAAAGACGGGGGAGGUUGAGAGGGCGACGCUGGAGGAUGUGCUCAAGAGACUUGAGUGGCUGAAGAAGCAGAGGGAACAGAGGGAGAAGGUGGAAGACCUGGAUAUCAGGAAAAGGAUGGAGGAGAGGGCUAUGAUUGAGGAGGAGGAGAGGCUGGCGAAGAGGGAGAAGCGGAAGGAGGCAAAGAAACGGAGGAGAGCGGUCGAGAUCAAGCUGGAAGAGGGAGCUGCUGCGCGGGCGAAGGCUGGUGAGGCUGCUGCCGCUGUCUCCGAGGAGGCCGAGAUGGAUGACGAUGCCGCGAUAAUGGCCAGAAUGAUGGGCUUCAGCGGCGGAUUCGGGACGACCAAGAAGAAGAACUAAUUUUGCCCGCCGUUCAUCGGGUCCUAUGGAGUUAUGCAGGCGUUUCUGUUGUUUUCUUCUUCGAGCAUGUAUAAUAGAGGCACGCACCAAGCCACUCAGCAUCAGCGCCGUCGUCGUCG